AUGGCCGGAAGAGGAAAGUCGAUUAAGUCCGCCGCCGUAGCCAAGAAGUCGACAUCUCGUAGCAGCAAGGCCGGACUCCAGUUUCCGGUUGGUCGUAUCGCUCGUUUCCUCAAAACAGGAAAGUACGCUGACCGGAUCGGUGGCGGUGCUCCCGUGUAUCUCGCCGCCGUCAUGGAGUACCUUGCGGCUGAGGUACUGGAAUUGGCCGGAAAUGCUGCCAGAGACAACAAGAAGACUCGAGUUGUGCCACGUCACAUACAGUUAGCGGUGAGAAACGAUGAAGAAUUGAGUAGAUUGCUUGGAGCUGUUACGAUUGCAAAUGGCGGAGUGAUGCCCAACAUUCACGCUCAUUUGCUUCCUAAGAAGACUUCUGUUACAUCUUCUAAAGGUGAUGAAUAG